AUGGCCUCACCAAAAACUGACAGCGCAGGCGGGAGCCCUCGCGAUGGCGUUACCAAGCAGAAUAUCUCAGCCGGAAGUUCUCCCGCUGGAGACCCUAUCAUCGCACAGGAUGAAAAUGAGGGUGAUGCCAGCGACUCAGCAUUUGGAGAUGAUGCAGAAAGCUCUACUGCUUCCAUCUCAUCAAGCAUCCUCGAAUAUCGCAAAUUUCAAGGACGUACCUUUCAUAGCGAGAGGUAUAAUACGGAGUACUUUACACCGAACGACGAGCAGCAGAGAGAUUCAAUUGAUAUCACGCACCAUGUCCUGACACUGCUCCUUGAUGGAAAGUUGACGCUUGUCCCUUUGAAAGAUGAUAUCCAGCGAGUACUUGACGUCGGUACUGGAACUGGAAUCUGGGCUAUUGACUUUGCCGAUGAACACCCCAGCGUCGAGGUCAUCGGAACAGACCUCUCUCCCAUCCAACCAAGCUGGGUCCCACCAAAUGUGAAGUUCGAGCUUGAAGACGCGACGAAAAACUGGAGCUGGCCUGAGAAUUAUUUCGAUCUUGUGCAUGUCCGCUUUCUUAUGGGCGCGAUAGUAGACUGGGGAACCCUGUUUAAAGAAGCUUCUCUCUGUUGUAAGCCAGGUGGCUUUGUUGAGUCUGGGGAGAUCAACCCGACUUUCUACUCAGAUGAUGGUAGCAUCGACGACGUGGAGGCUCUACAGACCUGGAAUCGAUUGGUGAUCGAGAGUGGUAAGGGCUUUGGGCGAAGUUUCACUAAUAUCGAGAACGACGUUCAGCUAUUUCGCGAUGCUGGUCUGGUAGGCGUGCAGAGCUUUGACUUCAAGGUUCCCAUUGGCGGAUGGCCCAAAGACGAGAAAAUGCGAAAGGUCGGCCAAUUCCUCCGUGCUUCGAUAGAGAAUGACCUCGAAGGAUAUACAAUGGUGGUUUGGCACCAGAUUAUGCAUUGGCCCGAAGAUGAAUAUCAGGUGUUCUUGAUGAACAUGAGAAAGGCGUUCAAGGAUAAGAGAAUUCAUGGAUACAUGCGUGUUCGAUAUGUUUAUGGUCGAAAGCCAGAUGCGGAGAAAUAGGUCUAGGCUGUGUAAUAGUGUCUCAUUAUCCGACUUUAGUCCAAGAUGAAGAUUAUUAGCAAG